GAGCAGAGAGGAGUGACGGAUUGUCACAGAUAGGCAUCCGGGUGUGAUGAGGUUCCUCAGAGAGAGUGGACCAAGCAUUUUGCACAGAUUUGAUGCAUGGCACAUGGCAAAAGGUUUAUCAAUUAGUUGAUGUUUAAUAGCAGGCAUAUUCAGGCCGAUUCGGGGUGUCAGUAUGUCAUACAUCUGCUGACAUACAUCUUAUACAGUAUGUCAUACAUCUGCACUCAGUAUGGAUAUGCUGCUCCUCAUAUUGUGUAUGUGUGUGUAUCCCCUGUCUGGUUUCCUACAACAUCAUCAGGCACUAACCAGAUGAACAACGGCAGUAACGGUAUGGCCGAACAGACGAACCUUCACACAGAUUCCUCUCUCCCCUCAUCCCUCAAUAACAAUCAGAUGAUGCCAGACGGGUCGAACAUAGGCAACACUGUAUUUCCCUACAGAGUUCAAGCCAGAUUCCAAACCCCAAACCCUGCAGCACUGAAGGACAGACGCAUGGAGAACUGGGUUGCUUAUCCGCCUAAGGUGGAAGGGAACAUGUACGAGUCUGCCAACAGCAGGCAUCUACUCUACACUGUCAGAGAGCAGGACCUCGUGCCUGUGUAA